UUGAUCUUUCUUGCUCAAAGGUUAAAGGUGACUUUAUAAACUGCACAUGAUGGUCAUAUUCGAGCUGUAUGUAGUUAAGCAAGAGAGUCUCAAAUUACUUAUGGAGUUUGUUCGAUCCAAGUACAACUCUAGUUUUUGGACUGAAACUAGAUAUUAUCGCGUAUCUACAGCUGUGUAUCUUCAACGUUGAGGGGACGAACAUUAAUGUCGGGCUCGACAGCUAGUGCACUGCGUAACCAGGACUCAGAAAUCUUCGUGCAUGUACACGAGUGAGAGGACGUACUCAGAAUGUUUUUGUGGGGAAAGAGCGUCACCUUCUUAUCAUACUUUUAAGUUGUGUGUAAAUCGCUGUACUUCAUUAAACCUUAGUUCCUUUUUAUUCUAUUUGAAAGAAACUGAUAAAUUUGCAAGAGGACUAUUAAACUGGACAUCAUUCAAAAGGAACUUUCCAGGCAACUUCUGUGAAUAUCUUAUAAAAUCAGAAUUACAUUUUUAACAUACAAAGUAUUCCAAUAUCAUAACUCAAUAGAUCCUAAAACUGUUUUAGAGGCACAAAACUAUAUAUUCGCCGUAUGACAAGACAGAGAAGGAAUUCGACCGAGGAGGGUCGUUCACGAGGCAGAGACAUAAGUCGGUCUAGGUCCAAAGACAGAGCAAGAAGCUAUGAUCGUGGAAAGGACAGGCGCAAGUCGCUGGACAGAGGCUCGCGGAUAUACGAGAAACCACAUAAACUCAGAAAGAGUGGAGAACGCGUAACGUGGGAGCAUCACUGGGUGACUAUAAACCGGAUUCCUGGAUAUGGGUUUGGAAUAGCAGUAAGUGGCGGCCGAGACAAUCCUCACUUUGCUACUAGAGACCCGUCUAUUAUUAUUUCAGAUGUCUUGAAAGCUGGACCUGCAGAAGGGAGGUUGCAGGUGAAUGACAGAGUCAUUAGUGCAAAUGGAAUCUCACUAGAAAAUGUAGAUUAUUCAACAGCUGUCCAGAUUCUUAAAGACUGUGGGAACAUGGUUAACUUGGAAAUAAUGCGGAGAGUUGUUCUUCCAAACACCAAAGAAGACACACAAACACUGAAGAUUACCUUAACAAAAAACAAGAAAAAAGAAGAUUUUGGAAUUGUUCUGGGCUGUAAAAUUUACAUUAAAGAACUCACCAAACGACUUCCAGCAGGAAAAGAUGGCUCUCUUCAAGAAGGGGAUAUUUUGGUUAAGAUUAACAACAACAACACUGAACAGCUCAGUGUUAAAGAAGCAAAAAAACUGAUUGAUUCUGCCAAGGAGAAACUACAUCUGAUUGUAAAAAGGGAAAGUAACAAGAAUGAAACAAAAAUCAACAAUUUUCAAGCAAUGGAGAACAAAGAUUCUUCUGAAAUUAAUUUUAUCAAUGUCAGCAGUACAAAACCUCAAUGGAGUAACCAAAACUUGUAUGUACAGCCACCAACACCAGGUGAUUUUAGAACAUUCCCUUUACGCUCCGAGUAUAAAAAUACCUUAGCCAGUGACCAACCACUCUUCACUGGACAUGGCCAUUCUAGAAGUUUGUACACCACAGAUGUAGACAGUCCUCCCCCAAGACCACCUCCUCCUCAAAUGGAAGAAAUACCAGGAAAUUUCAGAAAAGAUCAUCAUGAUGAAGAACUUCCUUCAAGAAGAAGUAAAAAUGUUUUGCCUGAUCCUCGGCUCAUAUCCUUCCAAAAAGAUGGCAGUGUUGGAAUAAGAUUUACAGGAGGAAAUGAAGCAGGGAUUUUUGUGACAGCAGUCCAACCAGACAGUCCAGCUUCAUUAAAAGGUCUGCAGCCAGGAGAUAAAGUCCUCAAGAUAAAUAACAAAGAUAUGAAAGGGAUCACACGAGAAGAAGCAAUUAUGUUUUUGUUGAAUACAAAAGAUCGUGUGGAUUUAAUUGUUCAACACAGAAAAGAAGAGUAUGAUGAAGUAAUAGCCACCAAGAGGGGUGAUUCCUUUUACAUCAGGACACAUUUCUGUAAGGAAGACCAUGAGAAUAAGGAAAUGAGUUUUCAGAUUGGAGAGAUAUUUCAUGUUGUAGACAGUUUAUUCAAUGAUGUAGUUGGUUCAUGGCUAUGUUACAGACUUGAUCAUAAUAACCAUGAGAUUGAAAAAGGUGUUAUUCCUAACAGUAGCAGAGCAGAGGAGUUGGCUCAGAAAAAACAAUACCAAUCCAAAAAAGACUCUUCAUCAGAAGGCCGUGGGAGUUUCUUUAAAAGAAGAAGUGCCAGACGCUCCAAAUCAUUAAGUAAAGACUAUUGGGAAGAAAUCAUGUUCACAGAUGGCUCACCCAGGUUUCCAGCAUAUGAACGGGUUACUCUAAAACACCCUGGUUUCAUUCGUCCCGUUGUGUUGUUUGGACCACUUGCUGAUGUAGCUCGUACUAUGCUCUUUAAGGAUCACCACGAUAAAUAUGGAUUUCCACAACUUGAUAGUGUAAUGGACGAAAAGCUCAAAAAGGAGAGAUCAUCAGGAAUUGUUCGUAUAAGUGCGAUCAAGGAUAUUAUGGAUAAGGGAAAGCAUGCUAUUCUGGACAUCUCUCCAAUUUCUGUGGAUCGACUGAAUUAUGCUCAGUUCUACCCUAUUGUGAUAUUUCUGAAAAUUGAGUGUAAACAAAUGGUGAAAGAUCUGCAAAUAAAGCUUGCAAAGUCCAGCCACAAGAAUUACAAAAAACUUUAUGAAAAUGCUGUGCAACUAGAAAAGACAUGGUCACAUUUGUUUACAGAAACUAUCACUGUUACAAGUGCAGACAGUUGGUAUAAGAAAUUGCUUGAAACCAUAAAGAAACAACAACAGGAAUUCAUUUGGGUUGGAGACUCAAAGCCUGAAAGCAACAUAUCAGAUGACUUUCUUCUUCCAUCACGGCUAAACUAUGCUUCGUCACCUGAGAGUGAUCUUGAUUUAACAACAGACUAUUGUCCUGAAGGAGAGAUGACUAUAUAUUCCACUAGUACAGACCUAAGAUCAGUGAAGCCUUUUACUAAUCCUAGCAUAGAAACCCUAGAUGUUGUUAAGAACAAUUCUGGGUAUUCUUCUUUGCAGCAGCAACACCAGAUUAUAGCUUUGCCAAGAGAACAAGUUAAUUAUGCAGAUACUGGUGAGAUGGUACAGAACUUGAAACAGAGUCCAGAUCAGAAUGAAACAGAUGAGUUGAUGUAUCACAGGACUAAUGUAGAUUUCUAUGGUACAAAUGAAGGAUAUAGAACAAGAUUAAAUGAAGAUUAUCCAGCUAAAGACAUACUGCCUGAGCCAAAGCCACCACCAGAAAUAGACAGAAACAAUAAACCUCAAAUGAAUGCAAGCAUGGGAAGAAGAACUGAAUACAGAGACUCACCUGUUGUUUCAGUGGACAGAUCCAAAAUGACAUCACAAUACGGUAGAUCACCUGAAAGAUUUACUCUGACUACUAGCCAGAAUGUCAGGGCCUUACAUGAUCUUCAUCAUUUCACCAAAGACACUGCACAUCCUACUGCCAGACAUGGAAACAUUGAUCUUUCUACACACCAACUUCAUUCCAGAAUUAAUUCAUCAGAAGAAAACCAGCCACCUUCUCCACCUCCUAAACCCAUGCAUUUUGGCUCUAGGGCGCCCACUAGUAGCAGGGCAAUUCCUCCUAAUAAUUAUCAGAACAUACCAUGGAGGCAAGAUGACCCUCUGACAGAUGGAAUAAGAAAUAAAAACUAUCAGGAUAAUUUUUACUACAGGAAAUACAACAAUCCAGAUCAAUCAGCUUAUAAACCACCACAAGGGAUUUAUCCUCAUUAUUCAGACUCAGAACAUUCUCACACCCCUCUACCACCUCUUAGAUUCAUACGGGAAAAACCUGUUUCACUACUAAGUAAAAGAGAGGAAGAGAAAACUAAUAUAGAAUUUGAUUCAAGAGGAGGAACUUAUACAAAUUGUAAUUAUAGUAAUGGCUUACAGUCUUACACAAAAGCAGGGAAAACUAGAAUAAAUGAACCAUCUUCCAUUUUUAUGAAUGGAUCAUACCAGAAUAUUCCAUUUGACUCUUAUAAAUCAGAAACUAAAGAUCAGUAUGACUCUUCACCUCCACCUCCACCUCCUGGUUUUCUGGAUCUUUCUCAUACAGAAAAUCAUGGUAGUGCAUUUGAACUGUACAAAAAACCAGAUUCUUUGUCUCAUGAGCAAGACAAUUUUCCAUCAUCUGAACCCUCAAGGCAACUGUCCUCUGGUUCCACAGAUAGCAGUCACAGAGUUGUUGCUACAGCACAUGGGACAUUCAACCACAUUGGAGGAACUCUUACAUCAGAAGAAACAGGAGUCCAGAUUGUUAUUCCACCAGGAGCACUGCCUCAAGGAAGUGAUCAGGAGAUUUACUUCAAAGUUUGCCAAGAUACAAGCAUGCUUCCUCCUCUGGACAAAGAUAAAGGCGAGAUGUUGCUUAGUCCUUUGGUCAUGUGUGGCCCUCAUGGAUUAAAAUUCAACAUUCCAGUUGAGUUGAGAUUGCCUCAUUGUGCCUCAGUUAAUCCAGAAAGUUGGUCUUUUGCUCUCAAAUCAAGUGAAACACCAAAUAGUGGUCAACCUGCUGAAUGGCAUAAUGUAUCACUAGAUAACAUGGAUGGAGUGUCUUCCAGCUGUGUUAAAGAAAACUAUGUUUCAGUUCUAGUAGAUCACUUCUAAAUUUGUCCCUACAUCCAAUUUUGUCUCUGCAAUGUAUGGUUCAAUCACUAGAGUUACUUAUUUCAUAAGGGAGCAAAAGUUGUGUUAAUAAAAGUUUGGAGAUGACUUGAAUGGGUAAUGAAGAAAAUUAUAUUAUAAAUGUACAACGUUUAAACAAAAUUAUGUCAUCAUGGGUAGCAAAUGAUGACAUAAUUUUGUUGAAAAGUUGUACAUUUAUAAUAAAUUUUCUUCAUUACCCAUUCAAGCUGUCUCCAGAUGUUUAUUUUCUAAAACAGUGGGUUCCUUAUCAUCAAAUUUAAAAGUUUAGUUACAUGUUGCAAGUGAACAUACAUAUAAUUAUAAAAUAGUAUAAAAAACAAAGCCUAAGAGAUAUUAUUUAGUUGAAUGGUUCAAAGGAUAGAAUUUAUAAUUGAUCAUGUUUGUUUAUUUUUCUUUCGCUUGGACUCCAUUUUUAGAAACAUUGUUAAUUUCAUUGCUCAAAUGUGAUAAGGUCCUUAACUAGUGAAUGAGUUCCAUAUAUAUUUCAUUACCUCUACAGACAUGAAAGAUAAAAUCAUAUAAAGUGCCUUGCAAAGGUAUUCACCCCUACCAAUAAUGUCACAUUUUGAUGAAAUACAAAUAAUGUAAACAAUGUUUUUAAUGAACUUGUUUUUAUUCAAAACUCUAAUGAUCAAACUUAACAUUGUUUUGUGUGAAGGAAGCUGAACAUCAGCAAAAUCUGCAAAGAAAAUAUAUAAAUUGAAAUAUGCUGAUUGCUUAAGCAUUCAUCCCCCUAAGUCAGUACUUGGUGGAAGCACCUUUGGCAGCAAUUACUGCUGUGAGUCUUUUUGGAUAGGUCUGUACCAGCUUUGUACAAUGGGAUGGUAUAAUUUUUGCCCAUUCUUCCUGGCAAAAUUGUUCCAAUUCUGACAAGUUCGUUGGGGAUCGUUGAUGGACUGCAAUUUUCAAAUUUUCUUCUUUUGAAACCACUCCAGUGUGGCUUAGGCCUUGUGCUUUAGGUCAUUGUCCUGCUUAAAUGUGAAUUUUUGUCCCAGUUUUAGAUUCUUGGGUGACUCAAUCAGGUUUUCCACUAGAAUUUGCCUCUGCUUUGCACCAUCCAUCUUCACCUCAAUCCUGACAAGCUCCCAAUCCCUGCUGAUGAGAAGCAUUCCCAUAACAUAAUGCUGCCACCACCAUGCUUGACAAUUGAGAUGAUAUUGACUAGGUGAUGUGUUAUGUUGGGCUUGCACCAGACAUAACGCUUUGAAUUUAGACCUAAAAGCUCAAUUUUUGUCUUGUCUGUCCACAAAACCUUCUGCCACAUGUCUGCAGUAUAAUUUACAUGCUUUGUUGCAAACUCCAUACGAAAUUUAAGAUAAUUCUUUUCCAGUAAUGGCUUCUUUCUAGCCACUCACCCUUACAGGCCAGUUUUUUUGUAGAGACCAGGAUAUUGUCAAUGUAUGAACAAUGACUCCCAUCUCAGACAUGGAACUUUGCAAAUCUUUCAAAGUCACUGUUGGCUUCACAGUGGCAUCCCUAACCAGUUUACUGCUUGUCCGACUGCUUAAUUUGGAAGGGCAGCCUGAUCUGAGUAGUUUGUUUGUUUGUUUGUUUUUUUAAUUUCGUGCAAAGCUACAUGAGGGCUAUUUGCGCCAGCCGUCCCUAA